AGUAUGAUGAUGAUGGUUGUGAAGUAAAACAUAAUAAUGAUAAAGAUAAAGGUUGUAAAGAUGAAUAUAAUAAUUAUAUGAAAGAUAUUUACAAUGAUUAUUAUAAUUAUUUGGAUGAUAACUAUAAUGAUGAAUCACGCUGUGAUAAAAAUUUUACAUCAAGAGAAUUUAAGUGA